AGCUAUUCUGGACAGCCCCUGAGUUCCUGAGAGACCAUACAAAUUUCCGUAAAGGAACUUAUAAAGGAGAUAUUUAUAGUUUUUCUAUAAUUCUUCAGGAGGUGGUAGUGAGAGGGCCACCGUACUGCAUGCUGGAUUUACCCCCUGAAGAAAUCAUCCGUAAAGUAAAAAAACCUCCACCAAUGUGCCGUCCCACAGUCGCACCGGAUCAGGCUCCACUUGAAUGUAUUCAGCUAAUGAAGCAGUGCUGGAGCGAACAGCCUGACCGCAGACCAACUUUUGACGAGAUCUUUGACAGGUUCAAGAUCAUUAACAAAGGCAAGAAGACCAAUAUCAUUGACUCCAUGCUGAGAAUGCUGGAGCAGUACAGCUCUAAUCUGGAGGAUCUCAUCAGAGAGAGAACAGAGGAGCUGGAGGUGGAAAAGCAGAGAACGGAGAAGCUGCUUUCUGAGAUGCUCCCACCUUCUGUUGCUGAGGCUCUUAAAACGGGCGCCUCAGUGGAGCCAGAGUACUUUGACCAGGUGACAAUCUACUUCAGUGACAUUGUGGGUUUCACCACCAUCUCCUCGCUCAGUGACCCCAUUGAAGUGGUUGACCUUCUGAAUGACCUCUACACGCUGUUUGAUGCUGUGCUCAGCAACCAUGAUGUUUACAAGGUGGAGACCAUUGGGGACGCCUACAUGGUAGCAUCGGGUCUGCCUAAGAGGAAUGGCAACAAGCAUGCCGCAGAGAUCGCCAACAUGUCUCUGAACAUCCUCAGCUCAGUGGGCUCAUUCCACAUGCGACACAUGCCAGACGUGCCCGUCAGGAUACGAAUAGGAAUUCACUCAGGGCCCUGUGUUGCUGGGGUUGUAGGACUGACCAUGCCUCGCUACUGCCUUUUUGGAGACACCGUCAACACUGCCUCUCGUAUGGAAUCCACCGGGCUGCCUUAUAGAAUCCAUGUAAAUUGUAGCACUGUGAAGAUCCUGCGUUCUCUUAAUGAUGGAUAUAAAAUAGACGUUAGAGGCAAGACAGAGCUGAAGGGUAAAGGUAUAGAGGAGACAUACUGGCUUGUCGGGAAAACCAACUUUGCAAAACCUUUGCCAAAACCACCAGAAAUAAGACCAGGGGAAGACAAUCAUGGGCUGAAACCUGAGGAAAUAGCUGCGUACAGGAGAAAGAAAGCCGAGAAAAAGGCUUGACGGUCUCAGGUCAAAUGCAGGAGGUAUAGAUCAGCAUGCUGCCUGGUGUUGUGCUGUGGUUGUUUUACUGUUGCUUUAAUAUGAUUGCAUCCUGAGUCUCCACACCCACAACUUCCUGUUAUUGAUUUCCAAAUCUUGUUGAUUGAUAAUCUCAUUAAUCUCUUGAUCUGAUCGCCUUCCUCCUCUUCUCCUUGAGUGGAUUGGGGGAAGGGCUUGUUUACUGCAUUCAUUCUCUUUUGUGUUGGCUGACAGAUUUCCCCUUCAUUUCUUUCAUUUGUUGUUUGUAAUAGUACUUUAUGUGUGUCUUAUUUUCCCACCAAUCUGUUUCCUAAAAUAAGUUGCAUUGUACAACAGAGGCUUCAACUAUACAUUUUCU